AUGGUGUUGUUGUCACUGAAUGGAAUUGAAAAUGACAAUAUUCGACUCUUAUCUAAAGCAAAAUAUAUUUCUGGAAACAAUAAAAACGUUAUGUGGAAUGUUACUAUUGUUAAUGUUUCUGUCAUUUUUCCUUGGAGAAAUUCAGCAUCAGAAUAUAGCAACUUGAUCACCAUGAUAAAUUCUGACCAGUCAAAAAGAAUUUCUAUUGUUGAGAAAUUUAGUGUUUCUCUCUUCCUGGCAUUUUGCAUGAUCCCAGAUGAGUCCAUUCCGAAGCAGUUAGAGGUUUAUGUACUUAUUGAAUCACUUAAAGCACACUUCUCGCCUUCGAUAAAUGGUUCACUCAUAGAAUUGUUGAACCAUAUGGGCACAUUGCUUGUAAUGGGUAAAUUGGGGGUCUUAAACUCCUCUCAUCCUCCCAAUAUUGAUUGGGUUGUGCCAACAUAUUCUACUUUUGGCAUAUCCAUUGUUUCAAAAAUUGAUUUGGUUGAUCUUGAAGUUGACCUUGAAUAUUGUGGAGAUAGCAGCUCAAAACUCAUGGUUUCCUUACAAAAAAUGGUCUUAAGGUAUGUUUCUACAGAAUUUGAGGAGUUUUUGGUCAGUAUGAAGUCUUUAAUCAUCUGUGCUAAUAAAAUGAAAGCAGACAUGUGCUUUUAUCUGGGAAUUUAUCUUCUCCUGGUGCUACAGUUGGAGAAGACUGUGUUCCUGGACCAAAUAUUGAAUUUGAUCAAUAUUCUGAUACGGCUAUGCUAG